AUGUUCCCCACGGAUCGACUCCCCACGCCGGCGGACAUGGUCCGGUUGCAGGCCUUCAGAGCCAACGGCCGGGCUGAGGCAGAGUUGGCAACAGACGCGUACCUGCACUCCCUCAUGAAGCGCCGCAACGACAGCGUUGCGGAGCUUCUCACGCUGUACACCAGCCCAGAAGAUGCUCGCAAGGUGUACCCCGACCCGCCACCCUCACUGCUUCAAGCUGCUGAUGACGCAUCCUUGGUUGACAAGAUGGCGGCGGCGGCGGCGGAAACAAGCACCGGUGGCCCAUCCAGCGGCGCCACCGCGCAAGCUCUCAAGAAGACUCGACGUGAGAAGGUCACGGAGGCGCUCAGUGCAUCCUCCUCUGUCGCCGCAGCAGGGCCAUCCAUUACUCGUCUUGUGUCCGCCGCGGAGGGGUCACCGGCGGCCGUCUUUGUGGAUGGCGUAGAGCGAGUCGACUACCUCGGCAAGUCCUUCUUAGAGCCGCCAUCGAGUGUGCUGGAGCACGAGCAGUCGACGAAGCAGAAGGCAUGCAAGCCGCCCCGCACGAUGCGCGGCGUGUUCAAAGUACCAGAGGGCUAUGAAUCCGCUGCGAGCGCCGACUCCGCGGCGGGAUCGUCUUCGCACCUGGUGGACCAGGGUGUUAGCAUAGGUGGUGAGCGACGCUCCGGCAAAGCGUCUGGUGUGCAGCAGCUCUGCUGGGCUCCGCCUGCCUAUGGACAUCUUCUCUUCUCUGGCGACAUAGGAGGGGAGUGCCGGUUGUGGAACUCCUCGACGCGCCAGCUGCUCGCCACCUUCGCGGCGCACACGCAGCCCAUUAAGAGCCUCGAGGUGACCACAAACGCGGCGGUUAUGUCGACUGGCUCAGUGGACGGCACUGUGGCCUUGUGGGACGUCGAGAGCGGCACCUGUGCGCACGUGCUAACCAAUCCGGAUCACCUCCCUGUCGUACAGCACCUUCAUCAUCCCUCCAACGAGGCGCACCUUCUGUUGGCCGCCGUGGACAAGAAAGUGGUUCUCUACGACGUGCGCGUGGGCUGCAGCAAGUACCAGCGCGAGUACACGGGGCACAUGGGCACCAUCUUCAACCUUACGCUGCUGAGCGACGGCAGCAAGAUGCUCACCACCUCGGAAGACAGGACGCUGCGCACGUGGGACUAUCGAAGUCCGGUGCAAAUCAAACAGUUUGCUGAUGCAGCGAUGCAUGCCAUCACGCACGUACUGCACCACCCAACGCAGCCAGAGUUCCUCGCCGCACAGUCGCUCAACAACAAGGUGAUUGUCUUCCGCGACGACGGUGGUGGUCGCCUGCGACUCCUGCACGACCGCGAGUUUACCGGCCACACCAUUUCGGGCACGCGAUGUCAAUUGGGCUUCAGCCAUGAUGGCCGGUACCUGUCGAGCGGCGACAUCGGCGGCAAGCUAUACGUGUGGGACUGGGCAACAAAGAAGCUGGAGAAGUCCUUCAAGGCCCACGCGCAGAUGCUAGUGUCGCACCUAUGGCACCCAAUCGAGCCCACUAAGGUGGUGACGGCUGCCUGGGAUGGCCACGUAAAGUGCUGGGUAUGA